UGGCUGUGUUACCGACUAUGUUGGAGGGAGUAGUUGGUCAUCUGGGCUGGAGCUAUUAUCCUCCCUGCUACCGCCCACCUCCAUCCGAAACGUGAGUUUUGGUUUUCGCUUUUUCUUGCAUUCAGAACAGUUGUUCCCUUUGUAAUUUAGACAUUGUUAAUCACGAUUUGUUUCUGGAACGUCCAUUCUCUUCUCGUGUGCUGUUUCUUUGAAUUUACGCUACCUAGACGAACCAAGCUUCGUUUAGUGUCAGUCUAACUAUUUAUCGAGUUAGUUAAAGAGUCUACGUCUCGUUGAUCAUGUCCACAAACAUCGUCGGCGUUCAUUACAAGGUUGGCAAGAAGAUUGGUGAGGGUUCCUUCGGUGUUAUUUUUGAAGGAACCAACUUGCUUAACAAUCAGCAAGUUGCUAUCAAAUUCGAACCACGCCGAAGUGAUGCUCCUCAACUUCGUGAUGAAUAUCGUACAUACAAACUGCUUGUUGGUACUCAAGGAAUUCCGAAUGUGUACUACUUUGGACAGGAGGGACUUCACAAUAUCCUUGUGAUUGAUCUGCUGGGUCCCAGCUUGGAGUCCUUGUUUGACAUGUGUGGUCGCCGGUUCUCUGUCCGAUGCGUUGCUCUGGCCGCUAAGCAAAUGCUUGCUCGUGUACAGGAUAUCCACGAGAAAAGCUUAAUUUAUAGGGAUAUCAAACCCGAUAACUUUUUAAUCGGACGUCCAGGCACGAAAAACGCAAAUUUGGUUUACACAGUGGACUUUGGCAUGGCCAAAUUUUACCGGGAUCCCGUUACCAAGCAGCAUAUCCCAUACAGAGAGAAGAAGAAUCUGUCGGGUACAGCGCGUUACAUGUCCAUUAACACACAUCUUGGACGCGAGCAAUCUCGGCGUGACGAUCUCGAAGCGUUGGGUCAUGUGUUUAUGUACUUUUUGCGAGGCAGUUUGCCUUGGCAAGGCUUGAAGGCGGCCACGAACAAGCAAAAGUAUGAUAAGAUUGGCGAGACGAAACAAAAGACACCGUUGGAUGAAUUGUGUGCUGGUUUCCCUGAAGAGUUCCACAAGUAUAUGCACUAUACUCGUAAUCUUGGUUUCGAGGAGACACCCGACUACAACUAUCUGCAGGGUUUGUUUAGUUCUGUGCUGCUGAAGUUGAAUGCUACGGAAAACGACCCCUUCGAUUGGGACUUGCUGAAUGAAGGUGCCGGCUGGCAAUCGAUGAAGCGUGCAAGUCGUACAGAGAGUCAAGGCAAUUGGCAACAUGCUUCUCGUCAUACUCACCAGGCUUCACGUCAAGCACUCCGUUCUCAACUGUUUGCUAACUCUCAAUCAAAUGCGGGCGAUGCCGCGAAUGCGUCUCCUGUGCCUCUUGGUGCAGAAACUAGUGACACUGUCGAUGCUUCAAAGCGUACCUUAUUGAACGGCUCACAACCACCGACCCCCGGCGUCUCCUCCUCUCGCCCAAUGUCUAAUGUUGCCCCCAAUACUCACUCUUCUGCUCCACAAACUUCUUCUGCCGGCGGUCGUAAUGGCGCUGUACCUCAAACGAACUCUCGUGUCAAUACUUCCAACACACAAGGGCGACCUGUACAAGCUGCAAAACCAUCAUCUGGGUCUAGAGAAAAACGUUCUUUUUGGGCAAAACUCUGCUCGUGUUGUGCUGGCUCCUAUGAGGAUUAAUUCAGUGCAAUACCGUUGCCAUUAAAUGUCCUAUCUCAAGAAUCCACACUUUAAACAUUAAUGCUUUCGUCUCAACACAAACGCACACUUAUUUACUUACACGUACGCAUACGCAUAAACAGUUCAUCAUACGGACGCGUACAAGUCUUUUUCCUCCUUUCAUCGCUUAUUCACAGCCAAGGAAGGGCACUCAUGUAAUUUCAAGGACUAACGUCGUUUUGCUCCUUGUGCUUCCACGUCUUGCGCAAGAUGUAAUGACCUCUUUCAGAUUUGUGCCUGUUUUAUCCUUUUCCUUAAAUCAUUCACUUGACGUCCAGGAAGUUGUGGUUGGAAUGCGAAUGAAUGGGAGCCGAAAGAGUUGCAACUCGCGUCAGGCAAACAUAUUCGCCAGCAUUUUAUAUUUCACUAAGUCCGGACCGUUGAAUGAUCUUUUGGUUCUUCAGUCGUCUCUUUUUGCCGUUACUGAAUCCAAGAGAAAGGAAGCUGCGUCCCAUAGUACUCUUCACCGAGCACCUUCGUUACAUUUACUAAUGAAUUAACUGUAUUACACACAAGGAUAUUGCAUAUUCACAAGGAAGCACGUUGGGUCGCAGGCUGUGUACUCGAAGAAGUCUCAGAGAUUCUCGCUCAGAGUAGCGGUUUUUUUACUAUUCAUCUGUGGAUUGAAUACACACUCUCUAACAAGUCCUCUUUUUAUUAAUACGAAUGCGUCUAAAUAAAUAAUCUAUUUCAUUGUGACCUUUUUUUUUUAUAUUUGUCAAUUUACAUAAUCAUUUUGAAAAGCAAUA